AUGAAUCCCCCUGGACCCAACGUAAUACCAGUCGAUGAUCUGGUUGAUACCCUAGCCAGCAUCAAGAAGACGGCGUUCAAGGCCGUAGUGGCCGUUUUCUUUACCUUAGCAAUCCUUUCCGUUCUCGCAAGGGCAGGAGUCCGCCUCCACGCACGGCGAGCCCUCGCCCUAGAUGAUUAUGUCCUUUUUACAGGAGCCAUCCUCCUCUCAGGGGGCAUCGGGUUCCUGUACAGCAUCUGCAACAAUCUCUACUUGUCGUCAGCGGUUCGGCUGGAUCCAUCCAUAAUCUCUCGCCUCGACCCCGGGAGAGAAACCGAACUAAUCGACGUGGUUCAAGGAUACCAUUCUUUCGUCGCCAUUGCUUGGACAGCAAUACUUUUGGUCAAACUUUCUUUCCUGGCCUUCUUCCGACGGCAGAUCGGAACGGCCCCCGGUAUCCAGCGGUAUUACUGGGGUGUGGUUGCUCUGACUACAAUAUCAUGGGUGCUCUCCCUCGUAGAGCCGUUCAUCCUAUGUCCCGACCCUGGUUCCGGAUCGUGUAGGGACUCCGAUCCCAUCCUCCGCUCCGCCCUAACCGGCCUCACCACCGGCCUUGACCUGCUAACAAUCAUCCUGACCACAUUCUCCGCCGUCCGCGCCAGUAGAUCCGCCGCGGCCGACCCGCUCCAGACAGCCUUCUGGCUGGCGCUGCAGGCGAGCACCGCCGUGCUGGCGGCGGUGUAUUACUCGGUUUGGGACCGGGUGAGGUUGUGGUUUGGGGUUGGGGAGGGGGGUGGGGAUCGGGGUAGGGCUGGGGAGGGAGAUGUUGAGGCGGGUGGGAUUCAGGGGGGCAGGGUCGAGAUGCUGGGGAUGACGGCGUUAAGGGGGUUUAUGAAAAGAGUUAAGGGGCAUGAGAGGGGGGUGGUGACGGAGGUGUCGCAGCUCGAUACUUUGGUUGGGGAGGACGACGGGGUUCGACCGGUAAAGGAGAAGGCCGAGAGGGUGAGGGGGGAGGUCCGCCAGGUUACUGCUUCCCCUGUGCCUCGGAACCCGCCGAUCGCAUAUCACUACCCGAUGUGGGGACCGCAAUCCACACAUGGCCAGAUCACAACGGAGGAAGAGAUUCGAGCAGGGCAAGAUCUGAUAUGGCUCAAUCCGUCAUUACAGGCGAGCCAAACAAGCUUUGGAGGCGCAACAUUGCAUGAACGAAGAGGUUCGGAACGGAGGGGGUCGGAACGGAGGGGGUCGGAGCCGGCGAACCACAUCGCACAACUUCUUGUUGUUCAUGUAGCCAAGAAGGAAGAUGAUAUCCCCACCGUCCCGCCUUCGCCUAACUUGGUCACCACGCGCCGUAUGCUCUGCCCACGACCCGCACUUCUCGUUGAGCUGCAGCGCCGGCUUCAGGAGGCGCACGCUGUUGAUCAGGAUAAAGCUGGCACCGGAAGUUGGGUACGGUUGCCGCAUAUUCGGCGACGACUCCCACGUGGUUACCCUGUACCUAUGCCCGUUCGGGCCCCUGUACCAAACCGUAGUCCUGCCCAUAGACUUGUACGUCCCGAAAUGAUCGUUGUCGAUGGUUGCGAACCUCUCAACCACCCUAUAGGCACGACCGGAGGGCACUAA